AUGGAGGAAGGAUUCGAUUGGCUGCUAGAUGAUGCUGACGUGGACGCGGAUGGGGUAGAGGGAGGGGAGUACGAUGAGGAUGUGACAAUAGGUACUGGUGAGGGUUACAGUAACGAGGAACAGGAUGACAGUAACGAGGAUGAGCAACUGGAUGAGUAUCCAAGUGCUGAACUCUUAAAAGAGUCUGGAUUCAUGGAGUAUCUUGAUUGGCUGCGAGAGAACGGAGUGGAAGGUGACGUGGCAGCUCCUGGCAGCCCUGUUCGCCUCAAGAUUCUGAGAAUAGAAAUGGCUGCACAGGACGAGGAAGAAGGCGAAGGGGAAGAAGGGGAAGACGAAGAGAGAGCAGACAACGACGAUCCACCGGAGUACAGGUACCACCCAUCACUACAAUCAGCGCGCACCAUCCCAAAAGGCCAACGCCUCUUCUCCAUUCCCCUCCGCCUCGCACUCUCCCCCUCCGCCUGCUCUUCCUCCUCUCCACCCUCCCCUCCUGAGCUUUCACCUGAGGGCCAUCUGGCGGGCUGUAUGCUGCUGCAAGCAGCUGGGGAAAGAGAACAGGCGGCAGAGAUUCCGUCCUGGGCGGCAGAGGGCUCGUCUUGGGCGGCACUGGCAGGGGUGCUGCUGCCGCCCGUGAGUGUGGCAAGGCCGCUGCCUCUCAUGCUGGAUGAUGACCUGCGCAUGGAACUCAGCUACAAGCCGUUGAUUGACAGGCUAGACAAGCAGGUGGAGCAGUAUCAAGGCGAGUAUGACGCUUGGAUGAACGCCAUUGCGAGCCGGUCUACUACUGCAGAGAACCGUGCAGAGAGCAGAGAGGAUGUUAUUGCAGAGAAUGAGGACUUCUCUUUCGAGAGCUUCCUUCAAGCGGUCGCUGCUGCUCUCUCCUUCUUCACACCUGAUUCGUCACUCAUUCCUUGCUUCCACCCCUCCAUCCCACCUCUCAUGCAGGUGACUGGCGACUCCAUUGAGGACACGGCUUUGGACCGGGUCCUUCUGUUCCCCUCUCUCGCCCACGCCCUCCGCUCCUUCUCCCUCGCGUUUCCCUCCACCGGCCUGCCCGAUAAACUGCCCGAGAAAGAGUUUCGGGAGCGGGCAGCGGCGCUGGAGGACCGUGUCGGUCGGGCAGUUCUGGAGGUGAAACGGGAUGUUUUGAAUGCUGCCCGAAGGGCUGGAGGAGUCACAGAGGGCUUUCAAGAUUCAGGUGCAGGAGAGCGGGAGGGCAUGGCAGCACAAGAGGGGGAGAGAGGGGAGAGAGGGGAAGGAGGAAGAGAAGAGCAAGGCAAUUGGCAUGGGAUGGAACAGAUGUGGUUCUGGGAGAUGCGGCGACAGAAGCAGCUGGAGCACAAGAGGAAGCAAAAGGAAGGAGAGAAACACCUGGUGAUGGGGAUGAAACACGAGGAGAACAGCAAGGAAGAGAAGGAGGAAGGAGUAGCAGGGCAGGUGGAUGCAGAGGGGCUCUUUGCCUUUCCUGAAGGGCGGAUCGACCCUGAGCUCCUCGCCUACCUCACUGCCCUCGCCCAUCUGCGAUCCACAGCCACAGCGCUGCGGGCGGCAGCAGGCAUGCUGAGGCGGCUGGUUGAGAAGCUUCUGGGCGGCUUCUCGUCGUCCGUUAGCGAGGACGAGUUCAUGCUGACGUCAGCGGCCAUCUGUAGGCGGUAUCGCGAUGCUGGGCGACUGGAAGAGGCCCCAUCCGGGCUCUGCCUGCCGUGGUUCAUGGGAGCAUUGGAGGAGGUACAGCAGGUGCUGCAGGUGCGGGCCAAUAAGAAGCGUGUGCUCAUCGACGCCUCUGAUUGGCUGCUGCUCGCCUGUGACCCCAAAUACGACCUGCGAUUGGACGACACAGCGACUGAAGGACCCGCUACUGGGGGUGAGAGGAGAAGAGGUGGUGGGGGAGAGCAGCAUCAGGAGGCGGAGGAGGAGGAGGAUGAGGAGAAGGAGAGGAGCGAUGAGGAGAAGCUGAGAGUGUUCUUGGAGUGGGUGCGGGCGAGGGGUAUUCCUGACUUCGGCAAACCACGGUCCACCUUUGAGGUGCAUUUCCGCCAUGAGCCCAACAAUUCAUAUUCUGCUUCUCCUAAAGCUCACGGGGAAUUUGCAGCCUCCUUGUUGCAGGCCAAAGCCCGGUCCAGGAAGCAGCUGACAGUGGUGGCAGGGCAGCCAAAGAAGAAAGGCCAGCUGCUGCUCUCCAUCCCUCGCGCCCUCUGGGUAUCGACGGACACCAUGGCGGAGGAGGCAGCCCCCUAUGCCAACCCUGUGUGGACGCUCGCCGCCGGAGCUGCGUGGCUGCUUCGGGAGCAGGCUCGGGGGCGAGGCUCGGAGUGGUGGCCGUACCUGCAGAUUCUGCCAGCCUACGUGCCUCUGCCGUACCUGUUUGAUAAUGUGACACUGGACGAGCUACAAUCACCCGCGUUUGUGGAACGGAUCCGCAUGGUCCGUGACUACUACCAGCAACAGUACAAGCUCUGCCACCCGCCAGCCGUCGCCUUUGCCUCGCUCCACCAAUUCCUCUGGGCGCUCGCCAUCAUGAACUCCCGAGCCUUCUCCACUCCCGCACCUGCCCGCCGAACCUCCGCCGAGCCUCACACUGACGGCUUUCCCCAAGAGGAAGAGAGGGAGCAGGAGAGGGGGAGGGGGGGCAUGUUGGAGCAGCUGUUGGCACUGCCUGCGUCUGAGAGGCGGCGGUUUGUGGGCGAGCCCAUGGCUCUCGUGCCCAUCGCAGAGCUCAUUGAUCAUCACCACCCGCACAACGCUCAGUACAAGGUGCAGCAGAACAGUUUUGACUUCUACGCCAGGGAGGAGGUUCAGCGCGGUGCAGAGCUCUUCACAGUGUAUGGCUACAAGCCCAACCACCACCUGCUGCUGGGCUACGGCUUUGUUCUCGAUGACAAUCCCUAUGAUCACGUCCGGCUCUUCCCGAACCUCUCCCGAGCCAUCCGAACCGUAGCCUCGGUGAUGUACCACAAGGAGGGGCAGGGUGGUGGGAGAAGGAUCGGGGAAGGGAGCGGCAGGGAGGCUCGUCCAGGGGAGGUGGAUCUGAGGGCAGGUUUGCUGCAUGUUUGGGGCACGAGGACCUCUUUGCUGCUUUCAGGAAACGAGGAAGAAGGUGUGGGAGGAAAGAAGGGUGUGGGGGGGAAGGGGGACCUGGGGGGAAAGGGGGACAUGGUAGAAAAAGGGGGAAUGGGGCGUGAGAUGUGGAAGGCGGCAGCAACGGCGGUGGGUGAAGUGGUGAAGGCUCGAGAGGCCGGGGGAACGUAUGCGGAAGGAAACAGCCUGCCGCAGCUGCAGCUGCGACAGCGGAUAGAGCAGAGGAAUGCACAGGAAACGAGGGGGGUCAAGGCGGAACGUCACAGUGGCACAAGCACAAAGACUACGAAAGAGGUUCUUGUAAAGGAGGUGCUUGUAAAGGAGGAGGAUGAAGGCGUGGGAGUGUCUGUGUGGGCGGGCGGCAUAGUGGAGCCGAAUCUCCUCGCUGCACUCGCUGCCAGCUGGCACGCCGUCCACAUGUCGCAACCCACUUCAGACCCAGACUACACAUCCCUGGCAAGUGCUGCCAUUCAUUACGGCUGGGCACUCUCCACCUCUGCCUGUCACCACCUCCUGCCGAUCGCCUCUUCCUUCACACCCGCUCUAAAAGCCGCUGCUGAAACCGUCCGGCUCUUUGUCGAGGCUCGGUUGAAGCAGUUCCCGACGAGCUUGGAGGAUGAUGAGGUGGUGAUGGAAGAGCUUCGAGCGUGUGAGUCGGCAGAGCGCGGGGGACAGAAGGCAGAGGGUUGGUGUGAGGAGGUACUGCCAAUGGUGGAGGAGAGAAUUACGGCUGUUCGAUAUAGGAUGCACAGGAAGAAGGUUCUCAAGGAUGUUGUGGCACGAUUCUUCGUCGCCUUCUUAUUGCCGGAUUUAUUAUUAGUUUCGGCCGGGGGAGGGCCCGCGAUGGCCUCGAAAAGGAUUCUAAAGGAGCUGAAAGAUCUUCAGAGAGACCCUCCUACAUCAUGCAGUGCAGGUCCAGUUGCUGAAGACAUGUUUCAUUGGCAAGCGACAAUCAUGGGUCCUCCAGAUAGUCCGUACGCCGGUGGCGUCUUCCUGGUUACCAUACACUUUCCUCCCGACUACCCUUUCAAGCCUCCCAAGGUCGCCUUCAGGACGAAGGUAUUUCAUCCCAACAUCAACAGCAACGGAAGCAUUUGCUUGGACAUUCUGAAGGAGCAGUGGAGUCCGGCCUUGACCAUUUCUAAGGUUCUUUUGUCGAUUUGCUCCAUGUUGACGGAUCCGAACCCAGAUGAUCCUCUGGUUCCUGAAAUUGCGCACAUGUAUAAGACAGACAGGCAAAAGUAUGAAGCAACUGCACUCCAGCAGAAGAGUGGCACCAGCAAAUCUGAGGCUUUGAGAAGAUCGGUGACCCCCCGAGCGAUUUCCGAUUCAGAAGCGUUCACUGAUGUUUGCCUUGAUCCAGAGCCCAACAAGAGUGUGCUCUCCGUGAUUCUGGGUGGGGGAGCCAGCGCAAAGCUUUACCCGUUGACGAAGGAGCGAGCAACUCCUGCUGUGCCGUUGGCCGCGAAUUACAGGCUGAUCGACAUCCCCGUUAGCAACUGCUUGAAUAGUGACAUAGAUCGGAUUUACGUUCUCACUCAGGUCAAUUCCGCCUCGCUCAACCGUCACUGCUUCACAGCAUAUGCGCCGUGCCUGAGUGGUUACCAGACCAAGGGUUUCGUGGAAGUGCUCGCAGCGGAGCAGAGCCCGGAUAAUCCAAACUGGUUCCAGGGAACGGCGGAUGCGGUGCGUCAGUACAUAUGGCUGCUGGAGGACCAUAACCCGCAGGAGUAUCUGAUCCUCGCGGCCGACCAGCUGUACCGCUGCGAUUACCGCAGAAUAAUCAAGUGCCACCGGAGUGCUGGUGCUGACAUCACCGUCGCCGCGAUCCCUGUUGACAGAGAGCGUGCGACGUCGUUUGGGAUCAUGAAGGUUGAUGAGGAUGGGCGUGUGACUGAGUUUGCGGAGAAGCCUCAAGGAGCAGAGCUCGACAAGAUGAAGGUGGACACUACGAGCGUGGGUCUGGAUCCCCAGGAGGCAGCGAAGCGACCCUUCAUCGCGUCCAUGGGGAUCUACGUGAUCAGCAGGGACGCCUUGCCUCGCCUGCUGCUGGAGCAGUUUCCAGACGCCAACGACUUCGGCCGGGAGGUCAUCCCUGCUGCGUGUGCCAACGGAUCCAAGGUGCAAGCGUACAUCUACGAUGGGUACUGGGAGGACAUUGGCUCCAUCGAUGCCUUUUACCAUGCCAAUCUCAGGCUCACCAAGCCCAACCCCCCCUUCACGUUUUAUGAUCGUUCGGCUCCCAUAUUCACUCAGUCACGCUCUCUGCCUCCUUCCAAGCUCAACGACGUGGACAUUUCUGGCAGUGUUAUCGGGGAGGGUUGCAUCUUGCAGGAGUGUGCCAUUCACGACUCAAUGGUGGGGCUACGGUCUAUAGUUGGCGCAGGGUCAUCCAUACACGACAGCCUGCUGCUAGGAGCUGACUAUUAUGAGGAUGAGGAUGAGCUGCGAAGGGUAAUUGCAUCUGGACAGUUGCCCAUAGGUGUCGGCCGGAAUUCGGUCAUCAAGGGAGCCAUCCUUGACAAGAACGCACGAAUCGGAGAUAACGUGCAUAUCAUCAACAAAGACGGAGUUCAGGAGUCCAUACAGGAGGAUGCCGGCUUUGUCAUCAACAAGGGAAUUGUUACCGUGUUGAGGAACGCAACGAUUCCAUCUGGAACGGGCUCUCAGGGUUCGCGGCUCGCAGCCGCGUCGGCACGAGAGGAGGAGUGGGAUCUGUGCGACGAUUACAGGGAAGAUCUAGGCGACGACCGCGGAGGUGAUCGCACAGAUAGCCGCAGUGAUGGUCGCAGGGCCGACCGCAGAGGUGAUAUAAGCGACGAUCGCAGUGGUGGCGACCAACAUGCGGACGUGUGCGAAACCCUACGCGACGAUUGGACUGCCGUGUGUGAACAGCCCAUUCAUCCGCCGUGUGACCAGCGUCUCGAUCGUUCCAUAGGCGAACCGUUGGAUAAAUCGGGGAGAUCACCACCGUUGAUCGGAGAGAAAUUCGUGCGAGUAGGCUCGGCUGCUGAUACGUGCCAAGAGUCGGUGCGGAUAGGCCCCGCUCCGUCGGCGUCCGAGGUGGCUCACGCGGCGAGGCAACUGCACGCCAGCAUUCAGUCGCUUCCCAGCCACUCUGUGUCAGCCAAUCAGCUGGUGACAGAUGUCCGCAGGCGAGCCGUGCAGGAGGGCGGCCGGGACAGGCGAGUGCUGGUGGUGUCACACGCCUUGGAGCUCUUCUCUCGGGAUUCAGAGUUACAGAGUGCAGUGACGUCAGUAGCACGCGACCCAGCAGUGUGGGCGGCCAUAGGCAGCAACCCCGACGUGCAGAAGCUGAUUGGUCGUAGAAGACAAAGCAGAGCGCCUGUGGAUACUCUUACCACUGCUGCUACGGAUUUUCCUGCUGCUGACGCUGCUGCAUGUUCCUGUCCUGCUGUCCUGUUUUUGUGUCUUCCUUCUCUCCCUCCUUUCAGAGUGCAGUGA